AUUUUAUUCAUUAUUUUGCGUGCAAGGAUGAGAACACGCAACUUGAAUGGAUUCGCAGGCUUUAUGAUGCGAGAACGUUUUACAUCAUGAGCAAUGCUACUGCUACAGCAAGCCCAGAAGUACCACGGACAAAGCUUUCAGACCCACCGAGUUCAACACUUAACCGGUCCUCCGCAGAACACGGGACAUCAUCGCGUCCGAGGGUUUCUAACAGUGCUACUCGAGUCGCAUCCGCUUCUCACGUACCACCCCCAACUGACUUGCCGGUCACAGAAGGCAGAACUCGCAACCCAUCCGUCAAUGGUGGACUAAGUCGAAAACCUACGUUACUCGGGAUGGAAAACGUUUCGAGAUUUCGACAGGGAACACUCCUCGGUGAUCUCAAUCAACCAGGAGCAAGUAAUCGUCCAACCCAGCAACCUGCCUUGCCUGCUCAUGUCACCCCAGCUGGAGGUGCGCCAACUCGAGGCUGGGAGCAGAUGGGACCUGAUGAACGUAAAGAACAUCUAGCCGAAGUGCAGGCCCGAGCCAAAUCAGAUGGGAAGACGUUAUUGAGAUUUCAGGACACAGAUCCGUUCGCUCAAGUCCCAAUGAAGAAAUUGGGAGCUGAUCAGCAACAUAAACCUUUAUCAAGGAGUCGAACAUUAGGUAGCAGGAAAUCAUGAAUUUAACUACAACAUGUUUCCUUAAUUCGUCUUUCACUUUCAGAUUUUGUUAAUCUGACAUAUUUUGAUUCACAUUGUUCACAUGGCCCGGUGUCCUCGAAACUUUCAUCUUUUUCCUUUGGCCUAUCUACUUUUUUUCGUCUUUCAUUUUGUCAUCUCUUCUUAUUUUGCUCCUUUGGUCAGCAGUUUUCUUUGAAUAUCAAAGUAUAUAAGUUCUUUGUGAAAUUUGUGUUCUUUGUUUGAUGUGACAUUCAUUGGUAUUUAAAGCCGACUUGUAAUUUGACCUAUCCUAUAGAUGGAAGGUGGUUUCUUCAUUUGUAUCUGAAAUAUCAUUAUCAUUCUUUAAUAUGCGUU